CAAUGACAUCAGGGCUUUAAAACAACUUGUUAUUCGGGGAGUAAUCAGUUGCAAUUAGGCAUUAAUUAAGUAUUAUGAAAGUUGAUUAUUUAAGUGAAUUCGGCUUUCGACUCUCCGACUAUGAGUUUGGGACCAAAGAGAGGAGAAUGGAUCUUGGUACAGCUGAAGGCACCCGGUGCACCGACCCGCCCGCAGGCAAGCCCGCGAUGGCGGCCAAGCGCAAAGGCGGCCUGAAGCUCAACGCCAUCUGCGCCAAGCUGAGCCGCCAGGUGGUGGUGGAGAAGGGGGCGGAGGCGGGUCCCCAGGCCGAGGGCAGCCCGCUGCGGCCGCGGGACCGAGAGGCCGUCGUGGCCCGGGGCGCCCGCAGCGAGGAAGACAAGAGGCGGGCGGUGAUCGAGAAGUGGGUCAAUGGCGAGUACAGUGAGGAGCCGGCGCCCGCGCCCAGCCUGGGGCGGAUCGGCCGCGAGGGCCUGGAGCUGCCCCCUGAGGGCGUCUACAUGGUGCAGCCCCAGGGCUGCAGCGACGAGGAGGACCAUGGCGAAGAGCCCUCCAAGGACGGCAGUGGCGUGUCGGAGGAGAAGGAGUCUAGUGGGGCAGCCUCCAAGGACGACAGCAGCCCCAGUGCCAAGCAGGCUUCAGGAGAGGCCUCCUCGCUCCGGGACUACGCGGCUUCCACCAUGACUGAAUUCCUCGGCAUGUUCGGCUACGAUGACCAGAACACGAGGGACGAGCUGGCCAGGAAGAUCAGCUUCGAGAAGCUCCAGGCGGGCUCCACCCCUGAGGUGGCCACCUCCUCCGUGCUGCCUGCUUCCGAGGACGCCCUCAGCAAGCGGGCGCGCUUCUCCAAAUACGAGGAGUACAUCCGCAAGCUCAAGGCCGGCGAGCAGCUCUCCUGGCCGGCCCACAGCACCAAGGCCGAGGAGCGGGCGGGCAAGGAGGGGGCGGGGCCUCUGCCUGGCCUGCGGCUGCCCAGCAACACGGCCCACCUGGAGACCAAGGCUACCAUCCUGCCCCUGCCGUCACACAGCAGCGUCCCCAUGCAGGGCCUGGUGGCCCGAGCCUCCAAGUACGACUUCUUUAUCCAAAAACUGAAGACAGGUGACAACCUGCGGCCCCAGAACGGAAGCACUUACAAGAAGCCAUCCAAGUAUGACCUGGAGAACGUCAAGUACCUCCAUCUCUUCAAGCCCGGGGAGGGCAGCCCCGAUAUGGGCGGGGCCAUUGCCUUCAAGACGGGCAAGGUGGGGCGCCCCUCCAAGUACGACGUCCGGGCCAUCCAGAAGCCGGGCCCCGCCAAGGUCCCACCCACCCCCAGCCUGGCCCCUGCGCCCCUCCCCAGUGUGCCCAGUGCUCCCAGCGCCCCUGGGCCAGGGCCUGAGCCACCUGCCUCCCUGCCCUUCAACACUCCUGAGUACCUGAAGUCGACCUUCUCCAAAACAGACUCCAUCACCACGGGAACCGUCUCCACUGUCAAAAAUGGAUUGCCCACAGAUAAACCAGCUGUCACUGAAGAUGUAAACAUUUACCAGAAAUAUAUUGCCAGGUUCUCGGGCAGUCAGCACUGUGGCCACAUCCACUGCGCCUACCAGUACCGAGAGCACUACCAUUGCCUGGACCCCGAGUGCAACUACCAGAGGUUCACGAGCAAGCAGGACGUGAUCCGCCACUACAACAUGCACAAAAAGCGCGACAACUCCCUGCAGCACGGCUUCAUGCGCUUCAGCCCGCUGGACGACUGCAGCGUCUACUACCACGGCUGCCACCUCAACGGAAAGAGCACCCACUAUCACUGCAUGCAGGUGGGCUGUAACAAGGUGUACACCAGUACAUCAGACGUGAUGACCCACGAGAACUUCCACAAGAAGAACACUCAGCUCAUCAACGACGGCUUCCAGCGCUUCCGAGCGACUGAGGACUGUGGCACGGCCGACUGCCAGUUCUACGGGCAGAAGACCACCCAUUUCCACUGCAGGCGCCCUGGCUGCACGUUCACCUUCAAGAACAAGUGUGACAUCGAGAAGCACAAGAGCUACCACAUCAAGGACGACGCGUACGCCAAGGACGGCUUCAAGAAGUUCUACAAGUACGAGGAGUGCAGGUACGAGGGCUGCGUGUACAGCAAGGCCACCAACCACUUCCACUGCAUCCGCGCCGGCUGCGGCUUCACCUUCACCUCCACCAGCCAGAUGACCUCGCACAAGCGCAAGCACGAGCGCAGGCACGUCCGCUCCUCGGGCGCGCUGGGGCUGCCGUCCUCGCUGCUGGGCGCCAAGGACACGGAGCACGAGGAGUCGAGCAACGACGACCUGGUCGACUUCUCGGCCUUGAGCAGCAAGAACUCCAGCCUCAGCGCCUCCCCCACCAGCCAGCCGUCCUCCGCCUCCCUGGCCGCUGCCGCCACGGCCGCUGCCGAGGCCGUGCCUGGCGCCACCAAGCCUCCCAACAGCAAGAUCUCCGGGCUGCUGUCCCAGGGCCUGCCCGCGUCCAUCCCGCUGGCACUGGCCCUCUCCAACGCGGGCCUGCCCACCGCCGCCCCCUACUUCCCCAUCCUGCCUGGCCGGAGCGGUGCCUCCCUGCCUGUGGGCACCCCUGGCCUCCUGGGGGCCAUGUCAUCGGGGGCAGCGGCCUCCGCAGCCGCUGACACACCUGCUCUGGCCGCCUCGGGAGCCGGCGACUCUGCCCCUGCGGCUGCCUCCUCUGUCCCGGCGCCCCCCGCCUCUAUCAUGGAAAGGAUCUCAGCGAGCAAGGGCCUCAUCUCACCCAUGAUGGCCAGGCUGGCCGCUGCUGCCCUCAAGCCCUCUGCCACUUUUGACCCAGGAAGCGGGCAGCAGGCCACCCCCGCCAGGUUCCCCCCGGCCCCGGUGAAGCAGGAGCCCGGUGAGAACGCUGGUGCCCCGGUUCCCCACGAGGUCUCCCAGGAACGCAGUUUAGACCUGACUGUGAAGGAGCCCAGUAAUGAAUCAAAUGGCCACGCAGUCCCGGCAAAUUCAUCUCUUUUAUCCUCGCUUAUGAAUAAGAUGUCUCAGGGCAACCCCAACCUCGGCAGCCUGUUGAACAUCAAGACGGAAGCAGAGGGCAGUGCCGCCAUGGAGUCCUCGCCCUUCCUGGGCAAGGCUGUGAAGGCGCUGGUUCAGGAGAAGCUGUCUGAGCCCUGGAAGGUGUACCUUCGAAGGUUUGGCACCAAGGACUUCUGUGACGCCCAGUGUGACUUCCUGCACAAGGCCCACUUCCACUGCGUGGUGGAGGAGUGCGGCGCGCUUUUCAGCACCCUGGACGGGGCCAUCAAGCACGCCAACUUCCACUUCCGGACGGAGGGAGGAGCAGUGAAGGGAAACACGGAGGCCUCCUUCCCCACCUCGGCUGCUGAGACCAAACCUGCCUUGGCCCCGUCAUCCCCUCCAGCGCCUCCUGUCACCACAGCCACAGUGUCCUCCCUGGAGGGUCCCACUCCCAGCCCGGCCGCCGUGCCCUCCACCCCCACGCUGCUCGCCUGGAAGCAGCUGGCUUCCACCAUCCCCCAGAUGCCUCAGAUUCCAGCGUCAGUGCCUCACCUGCCCACUUCGCCCUUGGCAACGACUUCUCUAGAAAACGCCAAGCCCCAGGUCAAACCCGGAUUCCUCCAGUUCCAGGAGAAGUGA